GGAGCAGAAACAACAGGUUACGCGUAGAAUGCCCUGAAAGUUAUUUCCCGCCUUCCCUAGUUUGGUAUUCGCUGUAGUUAAGCCUAAUGGCCUCAAACGAAAAUGAACGUGAGACUUGGGUUGGAAAACUCGAUUUUAUUCUUGCAUUGAUCGGGUUUUCUGUUGGCCUAGGUAACAUUUGGCGCUUCCCUUACCUGUGCUUCAAGAAUGGUGGAGGAUGUUUCCUUAUCCCAUACCUGAUCUGCUUGGUGCUUGCGGGAGUUCCCAUCCUUAUCCUGGAGGUUUCUCUGGGACAGUUUACCAGUCAGGGAGGUAUCACGGCAUGGAAGAUUUGCCCUUUGUUUCAAGGUAUUGGAUAUGCCAGUGUUGUCAUAGUCCAGUUUCUCAACAUUUACUACAUAGUUAUCCUUGGCUGGGCUUUGUUUUAUUUGUUUGCAUCAUUUACUUCCAAACUACCAUGGUCUCACUGUGAUAAUCCAUGGAAUACACCGCAGUGUGUAGAUUUAAGUGGUGCUGGCCCAAGUUCUUCAGACAGUAAUGGACAGAAUGUUUCUACAGUGGGAAUGCUGAAUGCAACUUUAAAUGUUACAUCCAAUGUCACUCUUCAAAAAGUUUCUUCCAGCCAAGAAUAUUUGGACUAUCGAGUUCUGCGUAUAAGUGGUGGUCUUGAUGAACCAGGAAUAAUAAACUGGGAUCUUGCUUUGUGUCUGCUUCUUGGUUGGAUUAUCUGUUACCUUUGUGUAUGGAAGGGUGUUAAGUCUACUGGCAGAGUUGUGUAUUUUACUGCAACUUUUCCUUAUGUGUUGCUGACCAUAAUAAUGUUUCGUGCGGUAACACUUCCUGGAGCAGGAGAAGGAAUCAAGUUUUAUCUCAAUCCAAAUUUCACUCGGCUAGCUGAUGGUCAGGUAUGGCUAGAUGCUGGAACCCAGGUUUUCUUUUCAUACUCUAUUGGUCUUGGAACACUUAUAGCACUAGGAAGCUACAACAAGUUUAGAACAAAUUGCUACAGGGAUUGUAUCAUAUUUGCUUGUGUUAAUAGUGGGACUAGUUUGUAUGGAGGAUUUGUCAUUUUUUCAAUUCUGGGAUUUAUGGCACAGAAACAGGGAGUGCCAGUGGCAGAAGUAGCUAAAUCAGGUCCUGGUUUGGCAUUUGUUGCUUACCCUGCAGCAGUGGCAGAGAUGCCAAUUGCCCCUUUGUGGUCCAUCCUGUUCUUUUUCAUGGUGAUCUUACUAGGACUUGAUAGUGAGUUUGUUGGAGUGGAAGGUUUUGUGACAGCCAUUGUGGACUUGUUUCCUCAUUAUUUAAGAUGUGGUUACCGCAAGGAAAUCUUCAUUGCUAUAUGCUGUUUUUUCUGGUUUUUGAUUGGUCUGUCAAUGGUUUCCGAGGGUGGAAUGUAUAUAUUCCAGUUAUUUGACACAUAUUCUGCCAGUGGUAGUGCUCUACUGUGGGUCUCACUCUUUCAGAGUAUUGCUGUUGGCUGGGUCUAUGGUGGAGACAGAUUCUAUGAUAACUUGGAGUCCAUGAUUGGAUUUCGCAUCAACCCUUGGAGCAAAUUGUGUUGGAAGUUUCUUACACCACUUUUCUGCCUGGCCAUAUUUAUAUUCAGCCUGGUGACAUACAAGCCACUGGAGUACAAUAAUUUUAAAUACCCUGUUUGGGGGCAAGUGAUUGGUUGGUGUAUGGCUUUUGCAUCAAUUCUAUGCAUUCCUGUUUACAUGAUUGUGAAGCUUUACUCUACUGAAGGAACUUUAGGAGAGCGUUGGAAGAAGCUCACUACAUCUGCAAUUUCAAGAAGUGAAUGUCAAAGUGAAGAUAACCAGCAAAAGGAAAAGGAAGGAGGAAAUGCUCUUGUGUUGUCUUCCAUGUAGAUGACUGUUCAUAGUUAGCUAAUAAUAGAGUGACAGUAUGAUAAUCUUUUAACUCUUGUGUGAUUUACACUGCACAUAGCCAAGUCUAACCAUUAAUUAAGACUUUUUCCUUUCCUAAAGCUGACUUGUUUGCUGAUUUUUUUUUGUUUCUACAUUUUCAAUAUAUUUAUUUAACAGAUGAUGCUAUUGCCCAACAGAAUUUUUACAUACAGAGGCUUGCAAUUUUUCUGAGUCAAGCAAAAUGUUUGCAAAAUUCAACCCCUUAAACACAUUUUGCAUGAAGAGUCUUGAAGAAUAAUAUCAAAAAUUCUUUCCCGUUACUCAGGCCAUCCACUACACAGCACUUUACCCUCAGCAAUCAUUCCUUUUGUUUACAACAAAAUCAUGGUCAGAAAAUAGACAUGAUUAAAAUUUUCAUCAGUCUCCCCUUUUAAUCUCUCUUAUCUCACAAAGAUGUUUAUAAAAUAAUUCAAAUAGUAGGCGCGCUCUGAUUGGCUAUAAAACCAUUUUACAUGAGCGUAU